GCGUGGGAACGUCAUCACUGUAUUAUGAUGGAUUAUAUAUGAGUUAUUAAAUAUGAUGGAUAAAACCACCGGAGAAUCGAGCUUUUCUCGGAAGUUCCGCCUGUAUAGUGAACCGAGAGAGAAUUUAUUGGUGUGUUCGGUUCUGUUUUACAUACCGAGGACAAUAUUCAGUUAUAUUCAGUCUUCAGUUUAUAGUUUCUGACUUCAGGAGUUUCUUUAAAACCUCCUUCUGAUUCUCUUACUUUACCGGAACGAUUGUGGAAUUGUUUUGAUUAAUUAUUGGAAUAAUUAUCAGUAUUAAUAUUAAUAUUUCAGGACGAAGAUCGUCGUUAUUUCAGUUAAUGGAGCUUAAAAAUUCACCGAUUCCAUCCAGACGAAUUUAACGGAUUUUCCUCCGCGAGACACUUUUGAAUUUGAAUUUCAAACUGUAACGGACACAUUCGAACGCUAACGGAUAAAUUCAAACUUCAAAGGAUAAAUUCAAACUGUAACGGAUCAAUUUAAAUCCUAACGGAUCAUUUCAAACUGUUAACGGAAGAAGUUUCUUGGAUAACUGGAAUUUAACUGAAUUCUCUCUGACUAAACUCUAUUACUGGAUUCAUUUUUAAGUUCCACUAACAAACUGGAAAAACUGACACCUUUUAAGAAGCUGUGGAAUUAUUGUAAAUUUAUUUUAAUUAAUUAAUACAAGUAAAACACCAUAACUGUUGGUGAAAGACCUGAAGGUUUCACCAUCACCAUGCUGACAACUGGUCAGAUUGUUCAUGUGACACUUUAAAAUUCUAACUGACUGCAAAUUUUAAUGGAUGAAGUGAAUUGUAAUGACUGAAUUUAACUCUUUCACGUUCCAGCUGCUGAAUCUAUAAAUGAAGUAAUGUCUAACGUUACUGAGAGUCUUCAGAAUGGAUCUUGCCGGAACAGUCUGAUCGUUGAGGGGAGUGCUAGCCCAGUGGUCAGCGCGCUCAUGUUUGCCCUGGGCGUGCUCGGGAACCUGACCGCGCUCCUGCUGCUGGAGGUCCGGCGCCGAAAAGAGAGGAGUCGCAAGCAGCACGAGCAGCACCAGCGUCGCUCCUUGUUCCAUGUACUUGUGACCGCACUGGUGUUGACUGAUUUGGCGGGGACGUGCAUGAUAAGUCCACUUGUCCAGGCAGCACAUGCUCUCGACACUACACUGUUCGGCAUGAGCAACGCUGCUUGUCAGUACUUUGGUUUUGCUAUGACCUUUUUCAGCCUGGUCACACUGUCCCUACUGCUCGCCAUGGCCCUUGAGCGCUACCUCUCUAUUGGAUUCCCUUACCUGUACGGGCGUCAUGUGAGCCUGCGCUGCGGUUAUGUCACCAUCCCAUGCAUCUACGCAUUAUGUGCACUGUUUUGCUUCAUGCCGUUUUUUGAUAUCGGCAGCUACGUACAGUACUGUCCUGGUACAUGGUGUUUUAUCGACAUGAACCCCAGCAAGAGCAAGCACCGGGUGUUCGCCAACGUGUACGCCACGGUCAUUCUGCUUAUGGUGGUGUCUGUGGUGGCAUGCAACUGCUUUGUGGCUUAUCACCUGGUGUUGAUGUACCGGAGGCGAACGGUUAACUGUGGAGCCGUGGUCAUGAGGAACCGCAAGGACAGAAGACACUUUUCACUCUCAGAGGAGAUGGAGUACCUGAUUCUAUUAAUCUUCAUGACAGCCAUAUUUGUCAUAUGCAGCCUGCCUUUAAUGAUCCGAGUGUACAUCAACUCCAUCCAGCCCAAAGGCAGCGACAGGACGGACCUCAUCGCCCUCCGCUUCAUCUCCAUCAACUCCAUCAUCAACCCCUGGGUGUUCAUCAUCCUCAGCCCGUCCAGGCUCCGCUUCCUCCUGGGCGCGCUGUGCAAGGCCGGACGGACGUCCAUAUACAGGACUUCCAUAGCCAAGAACUCGGAGGGGGCGUCCGAUCAGUGCCAGAACAUCACCGUCACCGCGGAGUUCGCCAGCCUCAACAAAUCCGCUCAGAUGAUCUGAACCUGACGUGUAAAAACUAAUGUACUUUUUUUUUACAUGCUGCUUCUAAACGGCACUCAUGUCGGUCAAGAAAGUCUGGAAAGUUGACGUUCCAGUUCAUUCCAGAGCUGAUGAUAGUGGGCGGAGGUCAGGACUCUGAGCGGGACACUGGAGUUUGAUUAAACUGAGCUUGGAAGCGUAUCAUUUCCUUCAUGUGAUUGAUUCAUUACAUCUGUUAGAAGGGGCGUCCCAAUACUAAUGUACAGUAUAAUGGGUUUAUAAUGGGAGAAACUCUGGAGAGCUUGUUGCUAACGUGGCGUGUUUGUGUUUUUAAAAGCUAAUUGAAAGUCCCUGCGGGGCGACACAAACCCCAGCGAGGUCGGGAGAUGUUCUUGUGUCCCGUCAGACCGCUAAAGUAAAUAUUUUAAGAGCGGAUAGACACGGUAACACUGACAGGCUGAAGUCUGUAGAUGCGUGUCCGAACGUAGGAAAAUGUUCGUGCGCUGCAGACGCGGCAUGAUUAACGCUAGGUAAACAUUCGUGUUUGCUCUCCGGAGCACGGCGUGUAGGUGCGUAGGUGCGACCGCCCCAUACGGCCUGUUUUAUGGCGCUUUAUGGGGAGUCGACCUUCCACUUGAUUGGAUUGGCUUUCCUGAGCUAGUCAUGCGAGUCGUGCGGGUUUAUCCACUUAAUAAAGCUAAGCUAAGCCGCGGAGAUGGUUUAGACGUAUCGUGGUGUAAUGCUGUUAUGUGAGGUGUUUAUUUGUGUCAGUCAUUAAUUUAAUUAAGUAAAAUGCACUUUGGAUCA